UAUCUGUCAGUCUGCGUGCACCUGUGUGUUUUAGCACUCACUGGUUUCUCUCACUCCUACAGGUUGUUUAUCUGUGUUGUUACCUUAGUAGCCCGUGCAACAGGCAGUGGAAGGGAGACAGAAAUUGACCUGGUACACUUACAAUAACAAAAGUCAGAGCAGAGGAAUUGUGUUUGGAGAGGUUUUUUUUUUUUUUUUUCUCCCCUCCAUCUUGAGACUCAACAAAUCCGAGGAACAAACUUGCCUUGUUGGAGCAGAGGACUGACAACAGACAGAGUUGUGAGAAGAAAAGGGAGGCUGAAAGAGCUUUUGCAGUGGAUGGAGAGCGCCAACCGAGUCCCACUGGGGUUUUGUUAUUUACGCCAAAGCACCGGCCUGCACUGCUCCUCAAGCCUGACUUCAUCUGAUUUUAAAGGACAUUUGACCACCAGGUCCAGCCUGUGCCCCCUGCUGGUUGCCUGCAGCACACAGCAAUUAGCCCAUAAACUGACUCUCCACACAACAUGGAGAUGAAUAUCAUCUGUUGCUAUGGGAACAACACUCUCCUCAACCAGGAAGGACGUCAUCUUCCAUAUUUUUGUGAUGCCCUCUUCAAAGAGCGCCACUCACUGGACUUUGUUGGAGUUAUUCGGCCAGCGGAGGCUCUUGGGUUUCGGCGCCAUACUGGCAUGGCUCAUCCUGUUCCAUCUGCUGGUGAAUGUGUGGCUGCUCUGCGUCUUCACCAGCCUUCUGGUGGUUCUUGGUGGUUGGCUCGGGUCCCGAGCUGCCCUGGAUGCUAACAGUUUCCUGCAUCUGGAACAUUUUUUACCCCUGGGGAAAGUUGCCCCUCCUCUAUGUUCCCCUGAGCAUGAGUGGAGGCUGAACCAUGAGAUCCACUGUGCGGUCCACAAGGCAGUACGGGACUUUGUGUCUUCAUGGUACCGCACCCUGCUUCCUGAGGUGGAAGGAGAGUUUGAACGAGCUGUGCGUCACUCAAUGCUGGAGUCGGUGAUGGAACUGAAGGAGCGUGCGCGGCGAGUGGACAGGAAGGCUCUGGUUCAGCGGCUCUUAGAGCUGUAUGGCUGUCACCUGCAGAGCUACAUGACUGUAAGGCAGAUCCAGUUGGCGCAGAAGGAGAGCAGUGGCCAGUGGCAGCUCUACAGUAAAGUCGAGUCUCCUCAUCCAGCUGUGAGCAGCUCCACCGCUGAGCUAAACUACACCCGAGCGUUGGUUAAACUUGUGUUGCAUAUCCUCGUCCCAUACCCUCAGAUGGAAACUAGGACCGGGGGUUACAUGGUGGCAGAGCUCAUCACCUGCAAUGUGCUGUUGCCAUUGAUAAGCAGGGUUUCCGAUCCCGACUGGCUCAAUCAGACCAUUGUGGACAUAUUCACCAAAACCAGAGAAUCACAGGAUAUUAGCGUGGUUGACCCCUCUGUCGAUGCACUGUAUAAAUGUCAUGGACGUGAGGAGUCGUGGGCUACUUGCAAGUCGCUGUCUGUCUCUGAUCAGACCGAUUUCAGCUCCAAAAACACCUCUGUUGAUUUAGAUGAGCCUCAGAGCCAGAGUGCGAACUCUGGGACAGACUUGUCUCAAAGCAGUCUGGUCAGCCUCACGUCCACCACCCGAACAUCCAGCUACCACCCAGGCUUAACCACACCGUCCAAGGUAAACUGCUGCUCACUCACAUCGGGCCAGUAUAAACAGUCAUCAGAGACCAAAACCAUUUCUGCAGAACCACUUCUCCAUUCGGACUCAGAUGACGACCUGGCAGGAAGUGCUUGCGACUGCGCUCCCACCACCAACCUCUGCAACCUUCUCCCUGUAAAUGAUGAAGAAGCCUGCGGUUGUUUUCGACCUCUGAGAAAUUUUGGAUCGAAGGUGGUUGAGCCCAAACACUCCCAGUGGCCAGCUGGCAUUGCGCAGGACAAAUCCCCAGUUUGUCCCCCCAAAAAGCUUUGCCUGACCUCGUACAGCUUUGAUCUGUCCAGCGGCCCGACUACAACGCCAUUCAGAGUGCAGAACGUUCACAUUUCUGGCACAGUCAAUGUGAAGGAGCAGAGGAGCGCUGGCACUAAUCCCUACACACUCUACACUCUCAAGUUUGAGACGGUGGCUGAUGGCGACUGCACAGGUGCUGCACCACCGGCAGUCUGUCACUCCGUUAACCGCAGAUACAGCGAGUUCCUCAACCUGCAAGCACGCUUGGAGGAGAAGCCAGAGCUCAAGAAGCUAAUCCGAAAUGUCAAAGGCCCAAAGAAAAUAUUUCCUGACCUUCCUUUUGGCAACCAGGACAGCGAGAAGGUUGAAGCUCGUAAAAGCCAACUGGAUACCUUCCUGAAGCAAUUAAGCAGUACUCCCGAGACAGCUAACAGUGAAGACAUGCAGGAGUUCCUGGCUAUCAACUCAGAUGUUUGCUCGUAUUUUGGAAGAAAGCCCUUAACAAAGUCAAGAAUUGAUAAGAUGAUGGAAAAUGCUUUAGAUACUCUGAGGACAGCAUUCCCUCAUCCUGAGCUUUUCAGUCCAACCGAGGACGUUGAGGGCGAUACUGACGGAAGAACAAUGGACCACAGAAAGUACAGGAGGCUUUUCCCAAGUAAAGUUUCUCAAUCGCUCAAUAUUCCAGAUCUCCAUCCUAAAGUGACAUACUGCUUCAGUGAAGGCAGCUCUGUGCUCAAUGGCAUGUCACUGGGUGGCUUGGAGAACUUCGUCAGAGAGCAGGAAAGACUUAUUGGUGGGCCAAACAUGACAGAAUCAGUCAAGCCGAGCUACGAGCUGAACGCUAAAGACAAGAAGAUUUCAGGGAAAACUCAUGGGACAGACACAGCUGUGGCAGAUGUUGCUUUGAACAUUUUGUGCCUGUUGAUGAAGGAUCAUUGGAGCUGGCUCUGCACAGAGAACAUCCAGAAGGCCAUCAGACUUCUCUUUGGCACCUUCAUUGAAAGAUGGCUGGACAUAGGCGCUGCCCACCUAACCAGCGCCCCCUGCUGGGUGAUUUACCUCCAGGUCUUGCAAGAAGCUGUGUGGCCAGGUGGGACGCUGCCUGCUCAACCUCGGCCUGAACGAAGUGUUGCUGAAAAGAAGGAAACCAAGGAGCAAUGUCUGAACUGCCUAAUGCAGCUGCUUCCUGAGUUAAUAGCUGAUAUGUUGGGAAGCGAGAAGUACAGACUGAGCUUGGAGACCAUGCUGGAGUCUUUACAGGACUAUCAGAUAAACAAGCAUUUGAUCUACAGCAUCUGUGACCUGCUGCUGGAGUUUCUGAUCCCUGAGUCCAGCGAUGUGAUCUUUCAGAGAUCUCUGCUGCAGAGCCUGACUAAAGACACAGAGAGAAACAGUCUUCAUAUGUGAUAAGCAUCUGAGAAAUGUAGCCAUUUGAUGCUCAAUGCACAUUAUAGUUGUCUGAUUAAUAUAACAUGGUCAUAAAGUCUAUUUCAGGAGUGGGCACUGCUGUUCCUUUUAAAUCACCGGGCACUCUGCUGUCCUGCAACUUUUAAAUGCAUCUCUACUUCAACACACGUGAGUCAAAUAAUGAGGUCAUUAGCAGGACUCUGGAGAACCUGACUGCACUUGGGAGGUGAUUCAGCUGCUGGAUUCAGGUGUGUUGGACCAGAGAGACAUCUCAGAGUUGCAGGACACCGACCCUCGAGGACCAGGAGUGCCCACCUCAGGACUAUCGUACACAAUCGCUGUGGAGUCAUGGUGCAGCAGGUAUUACUGCAGAGGAUAAUGAAAUGUAAAUAUUCAGUGAUAUAAAGACAGAACACACAAGAAAUGCUUUCAGGCAAUAGAUCAGAAGGAAGAAAUCAUCUCAUUUGUAGAUUUACCUCGCUUAAUCUGCAAGUUGGACCAGCCACAUUGUGAAUACUUGAGAAGUUUGAUAAAUACAAAACUGUGCUCUUUUUCUUGCUUCUUAUUCUUUUUUUCAUGUAUUUUUAUUUAUGGUGUUUCACAUUGGAAUAUUUUUUCUCUUUGUAUUGUGGUUUAAUUUGUAAUGCUACAGGUUGAAGUGCAUGUCAUAUAUGUGCACUGCAUCUGCAUGAAUACUUUGUUUACAAGACUCCAGGUGAAUUUACUGUGAAACAAAGUAUGGGCAUGUGGAAAAGCAGUACCUGCCCACUUUGGUGCAGGAUGUGUGAUGCUGUGAUGUGUGAUGCUGUGGGCCUGUUUCUGGAUCAUCAUUGUGUUUUUUAUGGGUCAUACAGGCAGAUACCCUGGGUGGCAUUACAAUGGGGGUUGCAUGAGGGACAAAAAAACAAAAGCAACUUAUCUGUGAGUUGUAACUUCGACAGAUUUUUUUUUUUUCUUUCACAGUUAAGGAUGAGUUGGCAUCCAGUGUGUUUAUUAGUGAAGACAGAAAUGGUCAACAAGACUAAAGCAAUCUUUCUCCAAUCUCAGACCCAAUACCCAAUACGUGACGGUGUGUGUGUGUGUGUGUGUGUGUGUACUAAAAAGAAGACAGAAUAAGAGAGUCAGGACUCCGGAUGGAAGAAACUGUGCAAAGAGGAUUGUUCAAAGAUUUUUUUCUGUAUGUUCCAGCCUUGUGAAAUGUUAUAAGAGAACACUGAGUGCUGUUGGAUAAAGGACUUUCUACCAAGUAUUAACAUCCAGCAUUUAAGUGUUUGAGACACUAGUGGUGUUGUGAAAAGGCCACAAACAUGGCAUUCAACUCUGGUAAAUAUAUUAAUUAAAC